CGUUGGGGACACUGUUAUCACUAAAUAAUUUAUGCUGAAAGGCUUUCUAGGGAUCUGUACCCCACUCUCCUCACUCUGACAACCUUCAAAGACUACUCACCUUGCCUGCAACUGCGUCCAACCAAGCUGGACACCUCAGACAAGGUAAAACCAACUUUCAGCUCUUCAGGCUGAGAUGACAACUUGCAAGAAUUCAACAUUCUGGAUUCAUGCCUUUGAAGCUUAAUGCCUACAUUUUUCCUUUCACACUAGGUAGAGGUGGGUCAGAUUUAGAUUUGGAGUGUGGCAAUGCAAGCUUGCAAAUGUUUUUGAACUGCAAAACAGACCCCUUGCACUCUUCAGAAGGCGGGUGCAAAUUUGACUAAGUCCCAACUUUUUCUCUCUUCCAGGGAAACCUCUGUCUCCUUUCCAGAAUGAAAGACAAGAUGCAGAGGCACAACCUCUCAGCAGUGUCUGAAUUCAUUCUCAUCGGCCUUUCUGAUGCUCCACACGUCCGUUUGCUCCUCUUUGUGCUGUUCCUGACCAUUUAUUUGGCCACCAUGGCAGGCAACAUCCCAAUCCUCCUUGCUGUCAGCACAGACACCCGCCUGCACAACCCCAUGUACUUCUUCCUGGGCAACUUAGCCUUGCUGGAUAUCUUAUGUCCUACUAUCACCGUGCCCAAGAUGCUGGGGGCCUUGUUGCUUGACAACAAGGGCAUUUCCUUCAAGGGCUGCCUCUUCCAGCUCUUUUUCCUCAUUCAUGUGGUAGGCACAGAGAUCUUCCUCUUGGCUCUCAUGGCCUACGACCGCUACGUCGCCGUAUGCCACCCCCUGAAGUACCUGAACAUCAUGAGGAUGAAGCUGUGUGCUCACCUGGCCAUUGGCACCUGGCUGGUAGGGUUUUUGAACUCCCUCCUGCACACCUCUUUGGUUUUUACCCUGCUUUUUUGUGACUCCAACCAAGUGGACCAAUAUUACUGUGACAUUCCUCCUGUGCUGGGCCUCUCCUGCUCGUCUACUUGGAGCAGGGAACUGGUGAUUCUGGCAGUCGCUGGGGUGCUGGGGAGCGGCGCCUUUGUGCUCACUCUCAUCUCUUAUCUCUACAUCCUCCUGGCCAUCCUGGCCAUGAACUCCUCCCAGAGCAGGCACAAAGCCUUCUCCACCUGUGCUUCUCACCUGACCGUGGUUUGCCUUUUCUAUGGGACCACCAUCUGCACCUACGUGCGCCCUUCCUCCACCUACUCACCUCAGCGGGAUAGGAUCGUUUCCAUGCUCUAUGGAAUCCUCACCCCCCUGCUCAACCCCAUCAUCUACAGCCUGAGGAACAAAGAGCUGAGAAGUGCCCUAAGGAGAGCGAUCAGACAGCUCAGAACUGCUGUCACAGCGCAACAACACCUCGCCCAGUCUCGGGCGUCCUCUGCAGCUCCAGCAGUUGGAUAG